AUGCAGGAGGAGGCGAGGGACAUCGGCGAGAGGAGGGAGAUGGACCAUACCCAGAAACAGCCUCAGGAGCCCGCAGGGGCCACGGGGGCCCAGAACCUUGGCAACCCCCGGCCAGGCUUCAUGAAGUGCUUGUUGGAGGUGGAAGAGGAGAAGGCCACGCAUUGGAGGGUCACCAAGGCCUGCACGCUGCCAAACUGGAAGUCCCCCAGGACCCUGACCCCCGUGCCCGUCUCUGCCCCGGUUGGCAACUCAGCCCCAACCCUGCCUCAGACCCCUGCCUCGGCUCCUGCCAUGGCCCCAUGCUGCCGACCGCCAGCCCCUGGGCCACUUCCUGCCUCCACGGGAGCCCCAGCUUCAGUGCCCGUCACGGUCCUGCCGGUCCCUGCAUCAGACCUGGGCUGGAGGACAUAACUUUUGCACCACAGCGGGGAGAGGAGCCUGAACUACCCCAAGGCACAGGAGGAGCCACCCCAGAAAGGGCAGGAGCUGGAAGAACACUGCCUCCUGAAGGUGUGUCAGACCUGGGAGGAGAGGUCGGAAGAGCACCUCACACCGAAGCAAGAGGAAGCCUUCCGCAGCUACUUUGAGAUCUCCAGUGGUCAUGGCGAGGUGGAUGCACAGAGGCUGGAGAACAUCCUGCUCCUCGUGGGCAUGUUCCUGAUGCCGGCCCAGGUGGAGGAUGCCCUGAGGAGUGCUGAUAUCGAUGGAGACGGCCACGUGAACUUCAAAGACUUCUUGGCCGUGAUGACAGACACCAAGUGCUUCUUCUGCUCUGUGGAAGAGAAGGCCCUGACGGACAUGGCUCCCCCAAACCCCUGCACUCUGCUCUUUGAGAUCCUGUCCCUGCUGGUGGAGAUGCUGGCCUUACCUGAGGCAGCCUUAGAGGAGAUCACCAGCUAUUACCAGAAGAAGCUGAAGGAAGGCACCUGUAAGGCCUGAGAGAUGGAACCGGCCAUUGGCCGGCUGCAGUCCCAGAAGCUUCCCUACAACCCACAGCAGGCAGACACCUUGGAAGUCCCAGAACGAAGAGCCAUCAGGAUCCUGAGCCAGCUGAUGCAGCAGAACUAUGCUGCCAACCUGCAAAGCUCCUAUGCCCAGGUGCCUUGCAUCCCGCUCUGCCCACGGCUGGACAAGAAUACGGUCCGCCGGAAGCAGGGCAGCCACUACAUGCUGGAGCUGUGUACCCCCACCGGCCUGGGCCCUGACACCCGUAGCCUCUUCUUCCAGACUGGAUCUCAAGGAAGCAGGGAACCCAGCUCUGACAGCCAAAAGUGGCUCAGUUCUGUGCCGGCUCAAACCCACUGA